CAUGGGGCUGCAGCCCCUGGAAUUCAGCGACUGCUACCUCGACAGUCCGUGGUUCCGGGAGAGGAUCCGCGCCCACGAAGUGGAGCUCGAGAGGACCAACAAGUUCAUCAAAGAGCUCAUCAAGGACGGGAAGAACCUCAUCGCGGCGACCAAAAGUCUUUCGGCAGCCCAGCGGAAGUUUGCUCACUCGCUCAGAGACUUUAAGUUUGAGUUCAUUGGCGAUGCGGAGACCGAUGAUGAACGCUGCAUAGAUGCUUCCUUGCGUGAAUUUUCUAACUUUUUGAAGAACCUGGAAGAGCAGAGGGAAAUCAUGGCAUUAAGUGUAACUGAAACCCUGAUUAAACCCUUGGAAAAAUUCAGGAAAGAGCAACUGGGAGCUGUAAAGGAAGAAAAAAAGAAGUUUGACAAAGAGACAGAGAAGAACUAUAGCCUAAUUGAUAAACAUUUGAAUUUAUCAGCCAAAAAGAAAGACUCACAUUUACAAGAGGCAGACGUCCAAGUGGAGCAAAACCGGCAGCACUUUUACGAACUGUCUCUCGAAUAUGUAUGUAAGCUGCAGGAAAUCCAAGAAAGAAAGAAGUUUGAAUUCGUGGAACCUACUCGGAAUCGUUUUGAAGGAACGAGGUCGGAAGUGGAAGAGCUUAUGAACAAAAUCCGACAGAAUCCCAAGGACCACAAGCGAGCCAGCCAGUUCACGGCCGAAGGCUACCUGUAUGUGCAGGAGAAAAGGCCUGCCCCAUUCGGGUCCAGCUGGGUCAAACACUACUGCAUGUAUCGGAAGGCGGCCAAGAAGUUCAACAUGAUCCCAUUUGAGCACAGAUCCGGUGGGAAACUUGGGGAUGGAGAGGUGUUCUUUUUGAGAGAAUGUACCAAGAGGCACACAGACUCCAUAGACAGAAGAUUCUGUUUUGAUGUAGAAGUUGCUGACAGGCCCGGCGUUGCCCUGACCAUGCAGGCGUUUUCAGAAGAGGAGCGGAAGCAGUGGCUGGAAGCUCUGGGUGGAAAAGAAGCUCUGCUCCAUACUUUUAAUAGAGCCAUCGUCCCAAGACCAGAAGGAAGUGCACAGUUGGAUAAGAUGGGAUUCACAAUUCUCAGAAAGUGCAUCAGUGCAGUUGAAACACGAGGUAUAAAUGACCAAGGAUUGUACAGAGUUGUGGGGGUGAGUUCAAAGGUCCAGAGACUUCUCAGUAUGUUAAUGGAUGUAAAAACCUGCAAUGAGUUGGACCUGGAGAAUUCCAGUGAUUGGGAAGUGAAGACAAUAACGAGUGCCCUGAAGCAGUAUUUGAGGAGUCUUCCGGAGCCUCUUAUGACCUAUGAGUUACAUGGGGAUUUCAUUGUUCCAGCCAAAAGUGGGAGUCCAGAAUCUCGUGUGAAUGCUAUCCAUUUCUUGGUGCAUAAACUUCCAGAGAAAAAUAAAGAGAUGUUGGACAUUUUGGUGAAACACUUAACAAAUGUUUCAAACCACUCCAAGCAGAACCUAAUGACCGUGGCAAAUUUGGGAGUGGUGUUUGGACCAACUCUGAUGAGGCCACAGGAAGAAACUGUUGCUGCCAUCAUGGACUUGAAGUUCCAGAACAUUGUUGUGGAAAUCUUAAUUGAAAACCAUGAAAAGAUUUUUCGGACGCUGCCUGAUGCCACACCCCCUGAAUCAGUCUCCCAGUCACCCCCAAAUGCUCCACCAAGACAAUCGAAGAGACAAGGCCAGAGGACCAAGAGACCUGUGGCUGUGUAUAAUCUCUGUCUUCAGCUGGAAGAUGGUGACAGCCCUAACCCUUCGAAGGAGGACACCCCCACCAGCAGUCUGGACUCACUUUCCUCCCCCUCUCCCACGACUGCCACUGUCCAGGGGCUUCCUGGACCAGACAAAAACCACCUUGUCGCUGACGGAGACUGGGCAUCCGCUGCCUCAAGCCAGACCCGACCACCGAUGGUCCAGUGGCUUAACCCGCAGUCUCCGACCACACUGAGCUGCAACCAAACUGUUACCCCUCCUUCACCCAAGUUGUCACCUUUCCUUUCCUGUCCUCCUGCCACCCCAGCGGACAAGCCACCUGAAAGCAUCACCAGCCGGAAGGCUCGAGCGGUGUAUCCGUGUGAAGCAGAACACAGCUCCGAGUUAUCGUUCGAAAUAGGAGCAAUUUUUGAGGAUGUACAAACCUCGAGGGAACCUGGCUGGCUAGAAGGGACUCUGAAUGGCAAGAGGGGGCUGAUUCCACAGAAUUACGUCAAGCUGCUCUAGCGCCCGUCCUGUGAGGGCCCCCACGGACCCUGGCACCCAAGGCCCUGCCUGGGGCAGCGAAGCCACAGCCACCGGACACACCGGAAUUCCAGAUCACGAUGGGCACUCCGGGGGUGUGGAGGGGGACACACUGCUAGAGGUGGGGAGAGGGACACACCGCAGAGAACUGUGUAGGUUUGUGGAGCAGGAGAACAGUGUCGGGAUGGACUUUUCACUUGUCAAGCCUCAGACAUGUGAUUGUUAGUUAUCCAGAGAGCAGGAGGGAGGUUGGCGGCCACCUGCCAGCCCCACCUCCCCCACUGGCCACCACCCCGCCAGACACCUCCCCACCCUGCUGCUGAGGUUUCAUAGGGAGCUAUCCUCCUGCUGGUGUUUGCAAGAGGCCUCCUGGCUCCGGUGGGCGUGUGGAGGCGCUGCUGCCGGGGGUCAGGGCAGUGACUUGUUCUAAACCCAGCAGGCAGGUGCUCCUCCCUGGACGGCCUCCCUCAGGCCCCUUGGACCCGACACUCAUGCUACGCUGAGAGCACCCGCGUAUUUAUAACAGGCUUCUCCUUGGCGGUGCUCACCCAUGUGCUGUUUCCCCGACACCGCCCUUUUGCUCCAAGGCCUCUGUAAAUGAAAUAAAAUGUAAUUUCCUA